CUCAGCUUUAACACUUCCCCCUUUUACUACAAAUAUGAAGUGAGUGAGACUCCAGCAUUGAGUCAGUAACAUCCUCAGUCUCCCUCCCAGCUAAGAGCAGACACCCAAACAGUGCUCCCACAACCACCAGCCAGCCAGCCUGCAUGGCCCCCCUGACAGGGACCUGCUGCCCCCCUCCUGGCAGAGCCCCAGAGCUCUGAGCUCCCUGUCCCAUGGGCAGCUGUCACAGAGGGUCUCUCAGCCAGCACACAGGGGGCUUUUUGUUCUGAGCUCCCCCCUCCCCUCCCCCCAUGUAACUCUCUCCCCUGCUCCUGGGACUCUGGCUGCAGCUGCUGCAGAGAGGGUAGUGCUGCUACCAUGGUAGACAGGGGUCCCCUGCUGGCCUCUGCUAUCAUCUUCUACCUGUCCAUAGGGGCCGCUAUCUUCCAGGUACUGGAGGAGCCCAACUGGAAAAAAGCCACCAAAGACUAUGACAACUACAAAAUCCAGAUACUCCGCAAACACAAGUGUCUCAGCAAGCAGGACCUGGAUGACAUCCUGGAGGUAAGUGGCUGCUGAUUGACUGCUGGGCUGGGAGGGUUACUAUGUUAAUGUCCCACUGCCUUGUGAAUUGCAGGGUCAGGGGGGGACUGUGCAGUGUAUAUAAGGGGGGUCUGUGCAGAGUGGGGUGCCCGCAUGGUGAGGAGGGGGUUGGUGCAGGGUCAGGGGUGUUUCGCAUGGUGGUGUCUGUGCAGGGUCAGGGAUUGUCUGCUGGGGGUUUGUCUGGUUGGGGUUGCAUGGUGAGGGGAGGUUUGUGCAUGGUGGGGUUGUGCAAGGGGGGUUUUGUGCAGGGUCAGAGUGGCUCUGUGCAUGGUGAGGGGGGGGGUUGUGCAGGGUCAGGGCUCUGCAUAGUGUGGGGGCUGUGCAGGGUCAGGGGCUCUGUGCAUGGUGAGGGGUGGUUGUGCAGGGUCAGGCUCUGUGCAUGGUGAGGGGUGGCUGUGCAGGGUCAGGGGCUCUGCAUGGUGAGGGGUGGUUGUGCAGGUCAGCUCUGCAAUGCAGCAGGCCCUGGUGCACAUUGCGAGGGCUCUGUGCAUGGUGAGGGGGCUUGUGCAGGGUCAGGGCCCCAGCCGGUGGUGGGGUGCAGGGCAAGGGUGCAUGGUGGGGUUGUGCAGGGUCAGGGCUCUGUGCAUGGGGUUGUGCAUGGUGGGGUGUGUGCAGGGUAAGGGCAUGGUGGUAGUGUGGGUUGUGCAGGGUCAGGGGGUGUCUGUACAUGGUGAGGGGGUAGUCUGAUGCAAUAUCCUGGAGGAUGUGAAGUUUAGCAGAAAAUUGUUGUUAUUGUAGAAAGAAUAGUCACUUUCUCUGUUUUCAAUAAAUACAAUAUUUAUAUAAAUAAAACCAGUAGGAUUUAGCAUUGGAUCCCGGCACUGUGAGGGUUAAAUGGGAAUGUAUAGAGUGGGCUAGCUCCCUAUACAGCACUAUUAACCUGCCUGUAUUGUUAGUUUCCCUAAACCUGCCCCUCUGUCCAUCUGCUGUGCCCUAGCCUGGGGCAGGAUGGCUUCCUUUAUCAUGGUAAUUCGUUUCCCUGUGAUCCCAUUCUCCAGGGACCUGGCCACAGAAAUGCUAUUAUUAACAAUGAAUAAGGUGAUCACAUUAACCCUUUCAGUGCCAGAGAGAAGACUGUGCUGCGGAUCUCACUGGCGGUCAGUUACAAUGUAUCUCGUGUUGUCCUUGCAGAAAAUGGAGUUAAACCCCUGGCUUUCUUAAAUAAAAAUACUUGUUGGGUAAAAGGAGAGGAUCCCAAGCAGUAUAAAGGGGGCACUCAUAUUGCUGUGAUAUUAUCACUCUGCAUAUAACACUCACUGUGUAUAGUGACUGGGGUCUGGACAUAACACUGUGUAUAGUGACUGGGCUUUGGACAUAACACAGUGUAUAGUGACUUUGCUCUGGACAUAAACACUGGGUAUAGUGACUUUGCUCUGGACAUAAACACUGGGUAUAGUGACUGGGGUCUGGACAUAAACACUGGGUAUAGUGACUGGGGUCUGGACAUAAACACUGGGUAUAGUGACUGGGGUCUGGACAUAAACACUGGGUAUAGUGACUGGGGUCUGGACAUAACACUUGGUAUAGUGACUGGGCUCUGGACAUAAACACUGGGUAUAGUGACUGGGCUCUGAUAUUACUGGUACGCUGCGUAUAGCGCACACUGUGAAUAGUGACCUGGUCUGAUAUUACUGGUACUCUGCGUAUAGCGACUGGGGUCUGAUAUUACUGGUACUCUGCGUAUAGCAACUGGGGUCUGAUAUUACUGGUACUCUGCGUAUAGCGACUGGGGUCUGAUAUUACUGGUACUCUGUGUAUAGCGCACUGUGUAUAGCGACUGGGGUCUGAUAUUACUGGUACUCUGUGUAUAGCGCACUGUGUAUAGCGACUGGGGUCUGAUAUUACUGGUACUCUGUGUAUAGCGCACUCUAUGUAUAGUGACCUGGUCUGAUAUUACUGGUACUCUGGUAUAGCGCACUGUGUAUAGUGACUGGGGUCUGAUAUUACUGGUACUCUGCAUAUAGCGCACGCUGUGUAUAGUGACCUGGUCUGAUAUUACUGGUACUCUGCGUAUAGCACACUGUGUAUAGCGACUGGGGUCUGAUAUUACUGGUACUCUGUAUAUAAUGACUGGGGCCUGAUAUUACUGGUACUCUGCGUAUAGCGCACAGGGUGUAUAGUGACCGGGUCUGAUAUUACUUGUACUCUGCAUAUAGUGCACUCUGUGUAUAGUGACCUGGUUUGAUAUUACUGGUACUCUGCGUAUAGCGCACUGUUUAUAGUGAUCGAGUCUGAUAUUACUGGUACUCUGCAUGUAGCGCACUGUGUAUAGUGACCGGGUCAGAUAUUAUUUUAUAUAGCGCCAUCAGAUUCCGUAGCGCUGUACAAUUACUGGUACUCUGCGUAUAGUGUACCACACGUAUAUUACAGGUUCACUAUCUCUAUUGAGAAAACAUAACAUUUGUGAAGCCUGACGGGUUCCACUGACUUUUAAAGUUCAGUAAACGUACUGUAGAUUGUCAGCUCUGUGGCUCAGUGAUAUCAUUCUUUCAGUGAAGGCAUGCAACGUCUCCCUGUUAUCUAAUCGUGUGUCAGCAUUUUCGGUUAUCAUGUGUGAAUCACCAACUUCUCACUGCGAUCAGUCCAACCUGUGAGAUCCAUGCCUUUUUCUGAGAGGAUCCGGGAUCAAAGUCUUGCUUGGCUGUGUGAGCGGCUGGGAGCAAGGCGUGAUGCUGUAUGUUCUCGUUUAAAAUGCUCUCUAACUGGAAUGUAACAAGACGUUUUCUGAAUAUCACACUCCUGUGUUCCCCUUUACCUCCAACUGACCCCCCUGUGACCUCCAAACAGAUUUCCACUCCAACUCCUAUCAUCCUCCAACAACCAGGUGUGCUGGUCUAACUCACCCCGUACAGCUGGCCAAUGAACUCUCUGCUGUUUUGCCCGCGUAUUUUUUUUUCCAUCUAAACUUUUUGAAUAUAAAUCAAAAGUAGCCGGUGCUGCAGGUGGAUAUUAACCCUUCGUGCAAUGUUUAUCAUACAUCUGAUGCUACCACCAUCUGGUUAUUUGUACUGAGCGUUAAGGGUUAAUUUUAUGGCUGAUUUAAUAUAGAAAAUAUAUAUAUAUAUAAUUUCUUAUCACGCCGAGUCCGUGUGAAUGGGAUAUAUCUGUGGUAGCCGCGGAUUGCGGACGCUGGCGUUGGGGUAUUGUUACCCUCUGUUUGCGAGUUCUCGCAGGUUCCCGCUAGGGUUUUUUGUUUUUUCUUCUCUUGCUGUAAGGCGGAUCGCAAGUCUGUAACUUCUGGUUUCUCUGUGGGUGGGAAUCUUCCCCAUUGAACUACGAACACCCCAAUGUACAAUAAAUGCAUCGUCACACACUCUGCGGUCAAUGUCAAUCUACUUCCAUGUGCGCUGAAACAAAGCACUUUAUUCUGUUUUCUGGCAGUCAGAGGCUAAGUUUGUGCUCCUGGAAAUGGUGUUAGGAGAAAAUUCAUAAAAAAAUAUUUUAAUUUUUUUGGGGUUUCUGUAGGAGAGGUAAAAAAUGUAGCCUAUCUCUAAAGUUGUAAAAGCAAGCCUGGCGUAAUAAUGCAGAAAUAUACCUUGCGUUAUCACACCAACUCAGACUGGAAGGACCAUAGCCACCCCAACACUGCAACAGUUUGGCAACCUACUGCAGACAUCUGGCACCAUAACCACUUUGUGCUUGUUGCUCUUGGUCAUACCGUUUUGUAAAAUCUGCUGAUCCCAGAAAAGUAGCACUACUUGCAAAGAAUGGCACUGGAUUAGAAUCUUGGGCAAACAAGUGCUGUGAUUACUCCUUUUCAUUCUAAUUUAAUGCUAUUGUUUUACUAACACUAGAUCGUCCUAUUAGUGCAUGAUAGCGGUUAUGCAAACAGCCCCUUUCCUCUGCAUAGUGCGAGGAGGUGCAGCUGGCAGCCUGCAAACCGUGAGUGACUGAACAGAACACAGUAGCUGAUUAUACUAGAACUAGUAUCAUAGAUUUUAAAUAUUUGAAUUUAUUAGCAUGAUCAAUGCCCAGUAAUUUAAUAUGAUUUCUAUAUUAUUCAAUGGGUUUAUAGGCAGAACUUAUAUCUCACCUGUAUAUCAGUUUUUGACAAAUGCUGGGAGCCGGAGGGGCUCCUAAUAAUUCCAAGUCUAUUUGUAAGUGUUUUUACGUAAAAAGGUAUGGAUGGUUUUACUUGCCCCCGCGUGUCAGGUUUGCUCUAAAGAUACCGUAAUGUUUAUCAGACUCUGCGAUAUCGUGGUUUGUCCUGGCAAUGAAGUAACCCUUCUCCAGUUAGCAUUAUGGGAAACCAAUCUUUUUUUGAGGUGUUGUGCCCUAUUUUAGGGGUGCCCCCUUUGUCAUGCCACUAAUACAACAGUCCUCACGAUUCACAGUCCAUUGUCAUGAUGUGUUUGAACUCCAUAACCCACAUGCUUCUUCUUUCCUAAUUCUCAUAUGUUCAGCAAACCGCAGGUAAACUUCUAAUACCUUUUUUAUGAUAAACCAUAAGAGCUUACUCUUACUCUGGUGUUUUCACACUGCAAAUACUUGUAACCAUUCACUCAUUAAAACUGAAAGCAGCGGUUCAGAAAUUCGGAACUUCUAACAGUUCUGCGUUUCGUUUCUAUGGGAACUUCCUCUUUCAAUCCAAAAUUUAAGUAGUAUCCAAAUAGACAUGUUUUGUAGAAACUUCAGAGUUGCAAAGACUGCAAGAUAAAGGCGGAAGAUCUAUGGAAGGUCGUCAGAUAUCACCGACUCUCUUACCACAUCAGCAAACGGAUCUAUCCAAAGAAUGCCAGGGGUGUCUAUCUGGAAAUCCUUCUGUCUCCAGUAAUUGAUGAGCUGUAUCUCCGAACAAGAAUAGUCUCCACCAGACCAGUAACUCUGAAUAUAGGUAUCGAGAAAGGACCUGCAGAACGUUAUGAAGGCCUUCUGCAUGAGAUAAGAUUGCUGGUCCCCUAGACAUUGGGGAUAAGGUGGCUCAUGUCUGAAGAUUUAAAGGAACGUACCUGUAUUCCAAACGCUUUAGUGUCCGUAUUCCUAGUAAUAUAGGUCCAAACCCCAUGUGUGAUUAAAGGGUUUUAUUAAACCUUUUCCAACGCUGAGGCUCCCUCUGCAUUGCUUACCUUUCCUCCUCUCACCACGUUAUGGAGGAGGUAUUGUUUCCUCCAUCAAUGAUCCUCAUAGGGCAGCAUUGAGAAAUUGAUGUGUGCACAGAGCUUGCCGCGCAUGCACAUCUAAGCUUCCCCAUAGGAAAACAUUAAGGCAGCCUCUAGAGGCGGAUUUAACCCUACAAUGUAAAUAUUGCAAAAAAACAAAAUGCAGGGCUAAGAGGACAGGGCCUUUGUACUCACACCAUUGACUCAGGGCCAUUAGACUCAGACUUGAUUGAGAUGAAAUGGCCUGGGUGACUUUAGUGGUCCAUUUAAGGAGAACCUUAGAAAAUAUAAUAAGUCGACACUGUAUGAGGAGCAUGCUAACUUGACGGUCAUAUAACACAGUCAUACUGGCCAGUCGUAGAUAUUUGAUUUGUUGAAUUGAAAGAUGAUAUAAAUAUGGGCGCUGGGAGUCCUGUCUUGUGUUGACGUCCUUGAAUAUUUUCCAAAAAAUGGACUGGUGACGCACAGGACUCCUUGCGCCAUAGCCACUUAACUAAGCGCUAAUGGUUUUGGUGGUUAGAGCGCCCUUUCUAAUAUUUUAUAACAGUUGGAGGACGGAGUAGCCUCACAGCAGACAUGGCCGAUAUCAAGUGGAAGUGUUCGGCAAGCCUUGGGAUAGUCAAUAAAGCCAUUGCUUUCCCUCCUGUGACCUUGUAAAAAGCUGAAUUGGGCCAUGAGGACAUUCUCGAUUUUAUUUUUAUUUAUUUAUUUUUCUCGUCUUUUUUUUAUUGUUUUUAUGUGUGUUGGGAACUAGUUGUAUUUAGAUCUUCUAAUACCGUAUUACUGUUUGCUUUGUAUAUUUGGGCUUUGAUCAUAAUGGAACAAUGACUCUUAUUUGCUCUGUGACAAUGGCGUCUGCCCUGUUCAACUCAUGAUGUGACUUCAGUCUUGUUCCAACAGUCUGUACUCACCUGGUUUCUAGUUUGUUCCAUAUGUACUUACACAAUCAGUCUUAGACUUCAUUUGAUAUUAUUUUUUUUCCUUCUUCCUUCUCCCAAUAAUCUUUGUAUCUGUGGAACUAAUCACAUUUUGUUUAAAAUGAAUAACUUUGAUAGUGUGAAUGUCAAGCUUAUUUUAAAUCAAUCUGAUUUUUUAAUAAUAAAAUUUUUGUGUGUGUUUGUGUCAGCUAAUACUUGGAGAGUUUGUCUUCUCCACUGAUGAGGUGUGUGUGUGUGAGAGACACUGAAUUUGGGGCCAGCCUUUGGGAGGGACACCUUCCUUGUCCUGUGACCCUCUCUUCAACUCCUUAACACCCCCAACAAACAAUAUGAUUGUUUGUUUGAAAAAAAUCACAAUAUCCUCUAUUGGAUAUAUGUGCCACAAAUGUGUGUUUCUAGAUCACUGCUGGUAAACUGCCGCACGCUGAGCAAUGUCACAAUCCAACUACCAGGACUCUCAGCCAAGCUUUUUAAGCGCACUGAAUUUUAAUAAGCAGAGACGCUUCAUGCAACUCCGUUAUAAACGUUGGCCCUCGUCCACCAUGUUCAGCUGGAAUGUGUCCGCUUUCUUCAAGCCCUAUCUAUCUCCCUAUCACUUUAGUGUCUUGUUAGCAGUUUAUUGUUAUUAUUGUUGUGAGGACGACAAGCAGGCUGUGGGAAUACAUGAUUUUGUUUUUGUUAAUAUUGUUCUCUUUUACUUUACCAAUUGGAGAACGAUAGUAAAGUGCACCAUAAUGCUUGGAUUUAAGAUAUUAUUUUAGAUGUUUCAGUAUUUUCACCGGGGUAAGCAAUGUGCAUUCAUCAAACAUCCCAGGAGCUCUCUCCCCUUCUUUUAGUUUCAGAUUGCUGCAAAAACAGUUACCAAAGGCUUUGUCUCAUUCUGGAGACAUUUUCUACUUUUGUACAAAAAUAAAUAUCUGUCACCUUGUAGGAAUCGAUGGUCAGGUGAACUAAAGAAUGCAGCGGGUCAAUUAAACAAGCAACACCUGCCAUUGAUGUCAGAGUUCCAACUGAAAAACAAAGCACUGGGAGACUUGUACUAAAAGGCGUAAUGUGUGCACGAAAUUCGAUGGCUUGAAUUUCUUUACAUAAAAAAAAAACAACAACCUGAAAAUGCAGCUUUAAAUGUCUAGAAUUCCGAUCCAAAACACCCGUAAGUGUUAAAAAGAUCUAGAACAUUUUAUUUAAGAAAUGUGGUCAUAUCCAGAUGAGGCGCAGAAAGAGGUGGUUUUUUUUUGCAUCUCUCAAAUUUGUUUGUAAAACUUUCUUUGCUCAUACAUGUAAUUAUUGCUAAAAUAAUAAUUAAAUAGUGGAUUUAUUUAAAACAUAUUAAAAGGUUUCAGCAGUACGUUAUUCUAAGAUACCGCUGCGUUUGGAAUUAUUUGCCUUCUGUCCCGCGCUCAUUUUCAUUAUGAAAUCUAAAUUCUCAGGAGAUAUCUUGUUCUGGUCACACUUGGGCAUUCUUUUGGCAUAAGGGGUACUUUUGUGAGCUAGUGAUUUGUGGACCCCUUGUGGCACUAUCUAUCACCAAGCCCCUAAAUCACAUUUUUACUACAAAAAUUUUGUUGUUGUUCGUUUCUAUUUAUUAUUUUUUUUUUUUUUGAAUUUCUGCAUAUCUCAGGUUGUGAACAGUGCACUUUGUGUAUCCUUCUCCUGUACAAAGCCAAGCUAUAUUUUCUUGGAAUUGUUUGUCUUGGCUCGGAUUGCGAGGCUGUGUACUGCGCACCUCCAAGGGCUGCUUGCUGUCUUUCACUUUGCUUCAGAAAGUUUGAGGGAAAAUGACAGGCCCUGUUUCUGUAUGUAACCUACCUUUAAUACUGCUUGUGCCUCCAUGCCAAACUAAAUGCAAUAUAUAUUUAAAUAUUAUAAUUUUUUUGGCCCAGAUAAGAGCAAUAAACUGUAAGGUAAUACAGAGAUUAUGAGUGCUUUGCACAAACGGUUUUCUUCACCUGAAAAGUCUUAAGACCCAUAAAGUGAGCCGAGCAAGGGGUCCAGUAAUCCCCCAAUCUGCUCUCCCUCCAACCACACGUGGUUAUGAGUUUGUGCUCUCCUAGAGCAGGGGUAGGCAACUCCAGAUGUUGUGGACUGCAUCUCCCAUGAUGCAUUGCCUGCAUGAUGGCUGUAGUGCUGAAAAUUGACUUCUCCUGUCCUACAAGAACGCAUGAGGUGGCAGAACACACGUGGGCAGAUGCUCAGCUAAGGAACAAUUUGGGGUCAAACAAUGAUUUGAUUGGUUUGCAAAGAAGGCACUUGGGUUAAAAUAUAAGCAGAUCUCUACCUUACACGGUUCUUUUCUCCACUAUAAGAAGUGUGUGAUCUUUAGCUGUUUUGGUGAAUUAGUGACUGCAAGACGAUCACACCAUUCCCUGCACUCAGUGAGCAUGUUCUGUAGACACAUAUAGCAUUGCAAUAAUCACUAUUGUCCUGGCUGUUUAAAGUAUGCUUCUAAUGACUUCAGGAGGAUGUUGGCACUCGAUCUAAUCUUCUACAUCUAAUUGGAUGGCUGCCAGUGAUGGGAUUUGUAGUGAAACAGCUGACAGAACAACCAGUAUGAAAUCAGCCUUGAUAAAACGCUAUCCCGGCUAAAUUGCUGAGUACCUAAUCACUAUAUUUUCUUUUUUUUUCUGUUUCCCUUCUUUAAAUGAGAUUGCACCUGUUGAGUAAAAAGGAAGUGAGAGUAAAUUGAUGUUUCCUGUGUUAAAAUUCUGAUGAACGCAGCAGAUUAGAGUUUGUGGCUGGCAAAGGUCAAGCUCUGCACAAGUGCGCCAUUAUCACGCGAUAUGUGCACCCACCCCUGACCACUAUCAGCCUGAGCAAGUAGUAGGUGUGUCCCUCAAUUUCAACCGCUUCAGUGUUCGUAGAGGUGCCAGCGACUUCACAUUUCUGUCUCUGGUCCAUAGUCUGCAUAUAAAUGCCAGGGUUAUUACCAAAGUGAGAAUUUAAAGGGACACUAUUCAUCACCAGGCCCCUUCAGCAAAAUAAAAUGGUCCGGAUGCAAUGUCUCCUCUGUUUUAACCCCGCAAGUGAAAACAUUGCUGUUUUACGAAACGGCAAUGGACAAGGCUGCGAGAAAGGUAAAUAAAAUGAAAGGCCACCAGGGAACUAUAGCGUUACGAAUACACUAUUGUAUUACAAACACUUAGUGUUCCGUUUAAGGCAAGAAUAAAAAUCAGCCAAACUUAAAAAAUUCAGCAAUGCUUUCAGUGUGGCUGCCCUGGUCUUAAAGGAACACGGCAGUGUUAGGAAUACAAACCUAACAGCGUUACAAACCUAAGAGCGUUACAGUGCUCUUGUCCCUGCUGUAUACAGACCGACGACCUUUUUCAAAUAAAAUUUAAGAAAAUCUAGGUUUUACUCCCCUUUUUUUCAGUGUCAAGACUUCUCUGUGAUGCUCACAUCUCCGCCUUCUGUGAUGUCAUCAAGGAGGUCUGACCUCCUCCGGCAAUGGUCUAAUCCAAGGCUAUUCACUAAGUGACAAGAUCUAGAGAAUGGCAAUGAUUUUUUUUUUUUACCUUAAAGGGCUAAACUCACUGCACCCGGACCACUUCAUUGAGAUUAAGUGUCUGGGUGACUAGAGUGUCCCUUUAAAUUUGUUCACUUUAGUUAAUAAUCCUGUGUGUCUUUGGUGAGGGAAAAGUUAUUGUGAGUUUUUCCCGUACUUCCUAAGUAAUAACAAACUGAAGAUGUGAUAGAGUUUGGGAAAUGAAACAUGUCUCAAAGAAGAAAAAUAUAUUGGGGGAUGGUCGGUGUUUUUGGUGCUGUACUGGCUAAUCUUCCGUCUAUGUGAUACCUUUAUUGUGGAGUUUUAUGGGAUGGGUGGCUCAAACAAACUCUAUAGUCUAAUAGGCACCGUUACUUUCUCAGUUCAUUGCUCUGUUUGCUUGUGGAGAUACGUACAAAUCUUUGACAGAAGCUGUGUAACGCGUCCCAACGUUGUUACAGGCAGGGUGAAUUUCAUCUUGAUUUGGCUUUUGGCUACCGCUAUCUGUAUACGAGCCUCUCUUCUCUGGUGACGUUUGGGCAAUAUACCGUUACUAUGUUGCUAGUCUGUUAUUUUGUCCUGUGGUUGUUUGCCAUAGUAUAUUGCAUGGCGACUUUUCAUUCAUCAUGGUUGCUCAAAUCUCUGGGUCUCCGCCGAUAGGUGGAGUUAGUUACCCUAUAUUUUAUUUCCAGAAUCUCCUGCCACUGGGCCUUUGCACCUCUGAUUCUCUAACUGUUCACAGUUUAUAAUAAGUGAUUUGUGGUUGUUUUAAGAAGCCAAGAAUCUGUGUGUUUGUAGGUUCGUAGCUAUAGCCACUUGAGACUUGCGUGCUGUAGUUCGUGUAUGGUCAUCUCUUUGCCAUUGGCGUGAAUUGCGCCUGAGGAUGACCGUAUUUCCAAGUGGUUGAAUCUGUUUGAAUGCUGUCGCCAUAACAAAAUGUAUCUUUAAUACACAUGGUGGUGCAUAGUGGCUGCGCUCUGCAAGUCGCCUCAGAUGGAAAUGGAAAAUGUGACCUAAUAUUCCGGUAUUUGGUGUCCUAAAAUCCGCAUCAAAAUGUACCAUCCACAUGUGCAGAGCAGCAUUCUCUAUUCUUGGUAAAUUUUCUUGUUUGCUAAUCUUUCUGCGUAAGACAUGUGGCGAAUAAUACUGGGUUUUAUUUGGGAGUUUAUCAGGGGCACAUAGUUCAGUGAAGGGAAGAGAGCUACGCCACAUGAAGCGGGUAUUAGGAGCCGCCAUCUUGGGCCCCAUCUGGUGAUGCCGUGUGUUUUCUGGGUGAAGCCCAAUGCUAAUAAUAUAAACAGCUCUGUUUUUUUUUUUUUUUUUUUUAAAUAAAGAACACUACAAACUGCUAACGUCUCAUUCUUAGAAUUUACCUUCCCAGCUACGUUUUUAUUCCACAUUAAUGAAGUUGACGGGAUAUUUUAAUAUUUGUUUAUAAGAACUUUCCAGGAAUCAAACUACGAGAAUGUACAGAGAUAAAUAGCAUAUCAUUCAUAAAAUCUAGUAGGAAUUUCUGCACUUUGUAAUCAUUUAUUUUUAUUACAAAAACAAACCAACCCUAAAAGUAAGCUGGCAACAGAGAACUUACGGCACCAUAACAACUUCAGUCUCUGAAGGUCACUCGAACAAUUAUGCAUCAGAGCUGCCACGGAUGCAGUUCACUUGCGUAGUGUGACUAUUUUAUUUCCCUUUAGUGAAUGAGAAGCUGUAAAUGGCGUAUAGUAAGCAUUUCUCUCUCGUGUGUUUGAAGCGCUGCAGAAUAAUUUUGCGCUAUUUAAAUGACCAGAAUAAUAAUAAUGCAAAUAAGAACAGACUGCAGUCGUUUUCUUUACAACUUGAUGAAAAGAACAGUCCUGACAUCAGAUCUUAUUUAUCAUUAUUUUAGAUGGAGAGCCCUUGCCAUUGUCCACAGGAUAGUGCGAUGUCUAUCUGAUCAAUAAACCGAUUUCCCCCUGCUCCUGCAGGUUGGUUAUAGGGAACAUGUUAAGCUAUCAGAUGCAUAUAAACAUAUACUGUGUAUCGACACUCCUCUGAAUGGUACGCAGGGAUUAGAUAGAAGAUCUGCCCGUUACAACCUGUCUAGGAAAGGUUUCGGUGACACUGCUUUGAGAAACCAGGAAGACGUCUGCAGUCAAUCCAUCUCAACUUAGAGGACCAAUAUUUAUUUAUUUAUAAAAUAUUUUACCAGGAAGGAUACAUUGCGAUUUCCCUCGUUUUCAUGUAUGUCCUGGGUUCACAAAACAUUGCAUUGAUACAAUAGGAUACAAUAAAAUACAAAAACAAUAUUAAUACACAAUAAUAUAUACAAAAUAUUUCAUAUGCAUUAAAAAAAAUAAAAUAAAGAAAUCAAUGGUAAUUGUCCUAAAAUGACCAGGAAAUCACAAAUUUGGAUUUAAAAUCGCUGAAUUGGAAUCAAUUCCCUAGUUCGGCUGGCUAUUUCAGAAUAAAACCAGUGAUUUCCUUGUGAGUUGCUGGUUCAUUGACUUCGCUAUCAGGCAGACAAUCCUCACUUCUGUAAUUUCAGAUCCAUUGUAAGACAAUAGUGGUCUUUGUCAAUCUGUGAAAAUAUUUGUGAUCUUAGUUAAAUGUUUGAUGCUUUCCUGUAAACGCCGAGCGGCCAGAUCUGUAUUAAUACAAAGGAAUAUUCACCUAAUAUAUGUCAUUAAUGGAUUUAGUGAACAGCGCUUGGCCCCAGCCUCGUCAUGUCUUUCAUGGUGACGUCUUGGUGGGACGAGAGGGCAGCACAGCUAAAAAGGACCCUUUGUUAUACGGGCUGACACAACCAAUGGUCUCCAUCAGGGGGUUGGCAGUGGGAAUUUACCAUGGGGAGAAGGGGGUGGUCUGAUCCCUCUAUUAGCUGGGAUUUUAUCCACCUUGCUCAGAUUCACGCAGACCCCGUUUAUUAUGUACAUUUGCUGAUUUUAUCUGUUCUGUAUGUCAACUUUCACCAACUAAGCGGUCUGGGAAGAUCUCACUACAUCAGAUGCAGAAGUCUGCUUUCUUUAUUUUCUUUUUCUUUUUUUUUUUUCUUCUUUUUAAGUUUUUGAUCCUUGUUCUAUAAAUUCUGGUCUGUAGUGUUUUAUAGCGUGGCUCUUCUCCUCUAUAACGGUUUCAUAAUGGCGGGUCUCAUAGCCCUGCGCAUUUCAUGUGGUUUAUGCGGAACGUUCAUUAAGCGUUCGGUAAAGAGUGAAUUUCAAACGUCAGGCCAAGACGGCCACAUUCUAUCUAAUUUGCAGGCGGUUUUGUUUACAAUUUGAUUAUAUUAGCCCCGAGUUUUAUUUUGAUUUACUUUCAAUUCCUGACAUUUCACACUUUUUGCAGUUCUGUAUUUUUAAAACCCGUUCUUUCUUCACGCGAUGUGAUCGAUAACAUGUCACCAGAAUGACAUACCUUUUUUUUUAAAAUUUAUUUUUGUGUUUGCGCUUUGCAUACAGGUUCCCAGCUUCACAUGUGCAUCGCCUGCAGUUUUGAUCUGUUUUUACAGUUUAGGCUAAAGUCAACACUAGGUGUUUGGCUAAAGCCCGUGUGGAUUUAUAGUGAGAGUUCUAUGGAAAUCCAAACACAUUUUUCAGAGCCCCUCUGUCAUCAGCUGGCUCGGCCACUGGGAAGAGGAAGCCUUUAAUUUGUGUUGGAUCAGAGGCAGGCCAUGAAUCAGCACCUGGCAAGGCUGGGACGUGACUCCCCAGAGACCGGUUCAGUGAACACUCUUUGCAGAGUCUGCGCUGGAUCUCACCUCUUACCUGAACACCGACACAUUACAUUUCUUUGUUCAUUAAUUGGAACCUUUGAGGGCUAAAUAAAGCCUCUCUGUUCUGGAGCUAUCCAGAAACUGCUAACAGGGAUAAUCUAGGUCGGAGGUAUUGCUGAAUUGUGCUAGUGACUCAUCACUAAACAGCUGGCUAGCAUUGGAAGAUCAUCAUCCUGCUAUUUGUUUGCCAUUUUGAAGAAAUAAUAUGCACCUUAAAUCAACUCUCUCCUAAGUCUCUCUCUCUAGCUUGCCAAGACCAUGCAGCAGCCAUAAGCCAUACAUCAGACUGUGAGUAUGUUCAUUCAUGAAAUUAAUGAAUGAAGCUACUUGUCUAAGUAAUAAAUGUCAUUCAGAAACAUCUGCAGUGUCUGGGUAAGAUAUCACUGCUGUAUGAAAAUCAGAAAACCACAUUAAGGAAUAUGCCUUCUUAAAGGGGACAGAACUACAUGACUAAGUGUGUAUCUCAUUUUAUCCGUCGUUUAGUUCCAUUGUGUAUAUAAUUAACGUCUUGCUAGUAUGGUAUAAAGCACAUUAUACAAAUAUACAAGGGGAGCAGCUGGCCAUAGGUGUAAAAAUUAACACUAGGACGUACUCUUUUUAUGGUGUGCAGAAAAGGAUUGUGGGAAUUGUUGUAGGUGAGUGAUAUUUGGUAACAGGGAUGGGCCAUACACCUUAUUACCUGGGGAUAGAUCUCUCCCAACUCUGAUCAACUACUGUGCAUUCACCGUGAGACCUUGCUCUGUGCCAGGAUGCUAAUUACAUCACGUUUUUUAACAUUUACCCACCCAUCCUAGGUGAUGUUGUUGAACCAGAUUCCCGUAUGAUGACACAUACUGUCUUCAUGUUUAAAGGUGUACAGACAUACGGAGUCUGUGACUAAGCCAAAAAUGACGCAAGAGACCUUUCUGUUUGCCGUAGUUGGCCGUAUUGCCCGUUCCUACUCAUCUAAAAACCUAUCAUAGAUCACAGCUGUUACAAGGAACCCCAUAGGUUAUAUCUACCCAAAGGGUCAAUAUUGGACCUAAAUGCCACCUAGACCCCCUCUGAACAAGACAUACUGCAGUCCUAGGCCAUUGUCUCACCCCACCCACCCCCCAGUGUACAGUGAUACCCCUCUAAACAGUGACGGGAGGAAGUUUUCUAGUGGCUGUGUAUUAGACAUUUAUGGGAAACAUUUGUACUACGUAUUUAAUUAUUAAAAACUGAGAUGAUGUCCACAUAUAGAUUGUGUUAGAAUCCUGAAUAUUUAGCAAAUAAGCCCAAAUAAAGUAGGGGUGUGGCCGUGCGCAGGGCCGUUCUGAGAAAUUUUAGGUGACUUACUAAUAACAAUUAGUACAAAUAAAAUGUAAUUUAUAUCGAGAACAAUCUAUUUUACUCAGACUUAUUUCUAAACACAUUUAUUGUAGAUUAAAGACACAUUACUUGGAGUAUUAUUGCUGUGGAGCUCUGUUAUACAUUCAGACACAUUACUGGGAGUAUUAUUGCUGUGGAGUUCUGUUAUUCACUCAGACACAUUACUGGGAGUAUUAUUACUGUGGAGCUCUGUUAUACACUCAGACACAUUACUGGGAGUAUUAUUGCUGUGGAGCUCUGUUAUACACUCAGACACAUUACUGGGAGUAUUAUUGCUGUGGAGCUCUGUUAUACACUCAGACACAUUACUGGGAGUAUUAUUGCUGUGCUCUGAGCUCUGUAUUAUUACACACACAGACACAUUACUGGGAGUAUUAUUGCUGUGGAGCUCGUUAUACACUCAGACACAUUACUGGGAGUAUUAUUGCUGUGGAGCUCUGUUAUACACUCAGACACAUUACUGGGAGUAUUAUUGCUGUGGAGCUCUGUUAUACACUCAGACACAUUACUGGGAGUAUUAUUGCUGUGGAGCUCUGUUAUACACUCAGACACAUUACUGGGAGUAUUAUUGCUGUGGAGCUCUGUUAUACACUCAGACACAUUACUGGGAGUAUUAUUGCUGUGGAGCUCUGUUAUACACUCAGACACAUUACUGGGAGUAUUAUUGCUGUGGAGCUCUGUUAUACACUCAGACACAUUACUGGGAGUAUUAUUGCUGUGGAGCUCUGUUAUACACUCAGACACAUUACUGGGAGUAUUAUUGCUGUGGAGCUCUGUUAUACACUCAGACACAUUACUGGGAGUAUUAUUGCUGUGGAGCUCUGUUAUACACUCAGACACAUUACUGGGAGUAUUAUUGCUGUGGAGCUCUGUUAUACACUCAGACACAUUACUGGGAGUAUUAUUACUGUGGAGCUCUGUUAUACACUCAGACACAUUACUGGGAGUAUUAUUGCUGUGGAGCUCUGUUAUACACUCAGACACAUUACUGGGAGUAUUAUUACUGUGGAUCUCUGUUAUACACUCAGACACAUUACUGGGAGUAUUAUUGCCGUGUAGCUCUGUUGUCACUCAGCCAAAUUGCUGUGGAGCUCUGUUAUACACUCAGACACAUUACUGGGAGUAUUAUUGCUGGGGAGCUCUGGGAGUAUUAUUGCAGUGGAGCUCUGUUAUACACUCAGACACACCAACAUUAUGGAGCUCCUAGAAAAGAGAGAAAUUAGGAGAGAAAACAGGAAUUAUCCCUCCUACACAAGGACACUUGGGAGGUAUGGACAGCUUAGUUGUUCUUGGCUUCAUCUGGGCUUUCUUUUCUGUUUAACAUAUCAGGUAAGAAGUUUUAAGAUCUUCGUAACUGGGCGAUUAACUUUGCAUCUGGUGCACUUCGGUCGGCCUUAGAACUGAUCAUUUGCUUUGGAUAUAACUGGUAUUGGAGAAGCUGCCUGGUACUGUACCCGGUAUAUUCCAUGUAAUAAGAUUGGUCUAUACAAUUAGUCUCCUAUAUUGUUCUACAAAUGUGAUGAUUUGAUCUACAACAAAACUUUUAGAAUUUAUUGCUCACAAUACCUACAUCUCUGUAGAUUAUGUUGCCAUUUGUGACAAUCGUAACCGGUUUUAAAAACCACGUGCAGGCUGUUUUUGUCAGAUAAAAUGUGUAUUUAAAGUACAAUCCACAUGACUUUGGAGCGUUCCUGUGUUAAAAUCAUUGCUUUCAGAGCCUGUGAUUGUAUUUUUUUCGUACUGCGAGCUUAUUAGAGUGGGUGGAAUUCCAAUCCACUGGGCAUUAAAGGGAUCCCGUUUACCUGGCAUUAUAGGCUCUUGGAGUGCCAGCCUCCAUCGGCGCCCUUCAGCCACUUACCUUAAUCCAGUGCUGGUGACCUCUCCUCCCCUGGUGACGUCUGUUCCCGAGUGGGGAUCUUUUUUUAUGCUGGAGGUCCGUGAGGACGUCCAGCGUCAAAUAAGUGCGAUUUACUCAGUGUUAAUCGCGGAAGCGGCCUCUCGUGGCUGUCAGGGAGACACACUAGAGGCUGGAUUAAUCCUGCAGUGAAAACAUAGCAGAUUCUCUAAAAUUUCUAUGUUUACACUGCAGGGUUAAAACUAGGGGGACCUGGCACCCAGAUCACUUCAUUGAGCUCUGUUCCCUUAAUCAUAACGUUUUAAUGUUACACAAGAGAAAAGGCUCCCUCUGUGUUCGCAGCCAUUUCCCAGGAUUAUUUAUUUUCUUGUUUCCAAACCAGCUGGCAUGCUGAGGGCUGCGAGUUCAAUGGACAAGAAGAACGAAUUGGAACAAAGGUUGUCCCAAAUCUGAUUUUAUUACUUCUCUCAAGUGUCAGCCUUGAAUGCUCUCCUCUAUGGCUUUAAUAUUUCCAUAUCUCUCCAUCCAUAGAUUGCUUUGCAUUGAAUUGUAACCUGGCUCUGUUGUGGACUGCCUAAUGUGAAUUCUGUUCAAAAACGUGUCAUCCACUUCUUCCCUACUAGAUUGCGCCUGCGUGUAAAAGCCUUGUAUCUACAGUAUUGUCCUCCCAGCCUCCCUACAUGCUCUUUCAGUUGUCCUUAUUUUUUUGUGUGUGUCUGGUCUCUUGUCCAUGAAUAUUCGCCUUCGUCUGCCCUCCAUCACUCAUAGCCCUCCCACCUGCCUGCACAGUCUUUAUCAAUUCCCCCAUUUAUUUAUUAAUUAUCUCCAUGGUGCAUGGUAAAGAUGGAGUGACCCCUCGCCCUGCACAGAAUUCCUGACUCGUUUAAAGUUUAUUUUACAGAAGGGGAAACCAGUAACAAGCGCCAAAUAAGUAAGGGAAAUUAGAUCAUCUUUGGAGGAACCCUGUGAUGCUGAUAAGAGUUCCUGCAAACUGACAGCUAGUUCUUACUAUAGAUUAAUCUGUAAGAUCCAUUAUUCUGGUGACUUUCUUCGAGCAUGUUAAAGAGAAUAUCGGAUCGAAAUGUUAUACAAUUCAAGAUUUUCCUAGUCUUGACAUCAGAAAAUAUAGAUUUUAUUAAUGAAAGGAGGCUCAUAUUAUGCAUUAACCUUCUUUACUAAACUCCAGCAAGAAAGAAUAUUUCAAUAAAGUUUAGUGAAACAAUAUAAGAAAAAACAGUCACGUAACUGCAAUGGGAUAUCCAAUAGCUUUUUAAAAGUAGAUUCUGAAGACCAAUCUGCAGCUUUAAAUAAAUCUGAUAACGUGCCUCCUGCCUGGAAAACGUUAGUAGACAUAGCUCCUCUGGAGGAGUGAGCUCCAAAUAUAGAAAUAUCAAUACCUGCCAUAGACAUAGUUUGUCUUACCCAUCUGGCUAAAGAUGUAGAGGUGACAGGGAGAAAAGGUUUUCGAAAGGAGAUUAGCAAUUGAGAAAAGUUAGUGUCUUAAGGAAGAGAUUUAAAGCUCGUACGUCUGAAGACCGUUAAACACAAAUAAAAGAGGGUGAUCUGAAAAAAAAGGAUAGAAAACUAAACUAAAUGUAGGUUAGUUUUAGUACGUCUAACUAUAAAAAAAAAUUGAACCCCAUCUGGGGUGUAUUGUCUAUUAUUGAGGUCCAAAGCCUUAACAUCAGAAACUCUUUUUUUUUUUUUUAAAGAAAUGAGACAAAGUAAAACGGAAAGUUUAAAUUAUAGGAAUUUUAAAGCUAAUGAGUCAUCACUCCAAGAUUCUAAUAACUGGAGAAGCAGGUUAACAUCCAAUGUAGAAUUAUAUCUAGAGCUAAGAGGGCGUUUUAAUCUAAUGCCCUUCAUAAGUCUUCAGACCUAGGGGUGUCUGCCCACUGGAAAGGAUUCAGUCGGAUUAUGGUUCGGUAUGCUUUCUCUGAGUCAAAAGCGGAAGACAAAAAAAUUAAGUACAUGUGCCAAAUCGGAAUGUGUGAGAUCCACAGCCCGUUCCAUGCACCAAUUAAGCUACAUUUUCCAGGCUGAUCCACUCUAGGCACCCAGACCACUUCAGCUUAAUGAAGUGGUCUGGGUGCCUGGUCCAGCUAGGGUAAACCCAUUUUUUAUAAACAUAGCAGUUUCAAAGAAACUGCUAUGUUUAUAAAUAGGUUGAUCCAGCCUCCAAAUCCUCUAGUGGCUGUCUCAUUGACAGCCGCUAGAGGCGUUUGCGUGCUUCUCACUGAAAAUCACAGUGAGAAGAUGCCAGCGUCCAUAGGAAAGCAUUAUGAAUGCUUUCCUAUGAGACUGGCUGAAUGCGCACGCAGCUCCUGCCACGCAUGCGCAUUCAGCCGAAGAGUAGUAGAAGAGGCGGAGAGGAGGCGGAGAGCUCCCCGCCCGGCGCUGGAGAAAGGUGAGUGUUUAACCCCUUCCUCUCCCCAGAGCCGGGCGGGAGUGGGACCCUAAGGGUGUGGGCACCCUCAGGGCACUAUAGUGCCAGGAAAACGAGUAUGUUUUCCUGGCACUAUAGUGGCCCUUUAACUUGCACGGGUACCUGGUGCCCAUGCUUCUGAGAAAAUGUUUUCUAGUUUAAUCUAAAAACUAUUUGAGUCAUGUGAACUGAUAUAAGUGAUGCUAUUAGUGGUAAUUGGUCUGACACCACAAGUGGAUGGAGGUUCGCGUCUGGAUCGCUAAGAGAAUCUCGACGCAUUUGUAUGAGUCUCGGAUAAUCUAUCAGCAUGCUGAGAAGUUGAGGGAACCACAGCUGUGAUGGCCAAUGAGGAGUCACUAACACUAGGGUUGAUCUCUGAGACAAUGCUUUUAACAGAAUCCGAUAUAUCAUCGCAAACGGUGGGAAUGCAUAAUUGACUCAGUUGUUCCAGCAUUGAAGAAAUGCAUGAUCUAAUGCUUCUGGGUCUGGACGCCAGCUGAAAUUUUUUUCUAACUGACAAUUGAGACGUGAUGCAAAAAGGUCGUAUUGCAAUGGGCCCCAUAGGGAACAAAGGCGCUGAAAAAUGCUGGGAUCCAGCAUCCAGUUGCUAUAAUCUACUAGGAAAUGGGAAUUGCAAUCUGCUAUCGUAUUGGACAGGCCAGGAAGAUGUUCUCAAAACUAUGUUGCGAUCGAGGCAAAAAUGCCAUAAGUCUUUGGCAAUGUCUGCUAGUUGUUUGGAUUUUGUGCCUCCUAGUUUUUAGAUUCACGUAUUGAACCGCUGAAAUAUUGUCCAUCUUGAGAAGGAAGCAACAAUUGGAUUUUCGCAGAACUGGGUAAGGUGAAGUAUCCUGCCAUGAGCUCCAGGCAAUUUAUAUGCAAGUGUGUCUCUGUCAGAGACCAUUUUUGCCUUUUAAUUGGGAAAGGUACCUGUCUUUGGGAUUUGAUAGGAAAUCUAUUUUGUAUCCCAGAACUGUAUUUAAGAUCCAGGCAUCGUUUGUAAUCUGACUUCAGACAUGGAAAUAGUGAGAAAGUCUGCCUCCCAAUUUUUCUGGACAAGAAAGGGGAAUUGUCGUAAUCACCAGACGAUGAUCAGAAGCGAGACAUUCCUCAAUGACCUCUGGAUCUCCAUGGUCUGCCACAAAGUGGGAAAGAUGGAGAUGUCUGCUGUGUGUUAAAUGAGGAUCUGUUUGCUUGGAAUGAGCUUCUUGUCUGGUUUGAGAGAAGCGGCUGGAAGAGCGGUUCCGUCCUCUUCCAGCCCUUCCAAAAACCUUAGGGCUGAAAAUUCUUUUCAGUGAAGCUUAAGCUUUGUCUAAGGAACUAAAUCGCUUUACAUAUUUAUUAAUAAAUGAGUCUCCAAAUAGGAGUCCUUCUGCUGCUAGUCCUGGUUCUGUAGUGGCUAAGUUAGCUAAUUGUGGGUCAGUCUUUGAGUAUUGACCUUCGUCUUCUGUGGUUAGAGCUGUAUUAGCGUUUCCUAGAAAACAUACAAUUUGUUGUGUCCAUCCUCUAAGGAUGUCAAUACUGGGCGAACUCCCUGAAGCAGCUUGUUCUAGGAAUUCAAAUAUUUUUGCCACAGGACCAAAAAUAUCCAUUAGCUUGUCUUGACAAGAUUUUAGUGACCUGUCAGGUCCUUUGUUGGGAUUCUUCCCUGAUGUUGUUAGAAAUUGUAUUAAAGUAGGCUCUAAGUCAGGGGUCUGUGUGACCUUUUUGAGCUAAAGGUGGUCUAGGGCAUUCAGCCCUCAGCUUAUUCCUAGCUGCCUGGUCAAGGGGUUUCCUUAGCCAAUAUUGAAGGUAUUUGGCAACAUGAGCCAUCGGAACCCAUUCAGCUGGACGGGGAUGUUUUUAUAUUAUCUGGAUUAAGUAAAGGUUUUCCUGCAGUAUCCGUGAUAACGUUUUCACCAUCAGGUACCUCGGAGUAUGCAGAAUAAUCAGAAUCCACAUCAGAUUAUUCAUCUUCAGAAGAUGAGGAUGAAUUGUCAGAGGAGUUUUUAGAAGAGUCAGAUUUGCUCCUGUGAAUGGCCAUCCGAGUUCGUUUGUAUUCCUCACGAGCAGAGGGUCUUUUAAGUAAGUUCCUCUCCUCAAAUUUGCGUUUUCAUUAUUGGCCAUUCCCUUUUUUUUUUUUUUUUAGAUGCUUUAAAGCAAGAAGGGGAAUCAUAAGGACCUUCAAAACAAUGUUUACACUUCUGAGUGGCCUUCCCAGAUCUCCUGAAACCUUGCGUCAAAUUCCUUUCAGACUCCACAGAUGACCAAAAUUGGUCAGAGGGAGUAUUAAUUACCUCCGUCUGUUGCGCAGGUUUGGUAGAUUGGCUGAUAGCAUGAGCCACAGGUUUUGCAAUUGCCUCUUGCAUAGAGGACAUAACAGAAAAUAUUGCAGAUGAUACUGAUUUGUUGUCAGAUAAAUUAACAAUACUCUGUAACGAGUCCUCAGUGAGGAUUUCACAUUCAGCAUUAGCACCAGUAAUUGGUGACUGCGGAAGAGUUUUCUUAGACUCUUUAGAAUUCAUAAUAAUCAAAUUCUAGUAGUCUGCAGUAAAGGAAGUUAUAACUUGAUAUAUUGCAAUAUAAUUACAAAAGUAUUAUUUGGUAAAAUAACCUGAACUGGAUACAAAUUGUGUCAAAGUAAUCUUUCUCAGAGAAGAAACAAUGUCAGCUGAAGGAAUCUGCUGAGGUAAAGUAGGCGGUAAUGGGCAUGAAAGAGCUGCCUCAAUGACUGAACUGUUUGUAAAUGAAAAUUAUAAGAGUAUAAUUGUAAUAUUGUUCGAGUUUUGCUGCGAACGGCCUCGCGAAUUAACUUCGGCCAGUAGCAAUAACUUCAUGUUGUUUUACUUUUGCUUUUUGGACUCUGCCUCGUAGAAGAGAGAGCAUGUAAAGCAUUGAGAUGUGGAAGCAGGUGUUGUGUGGUCAGGAAGGAGCACAGUGAAGGUGACGUUCAGCCUGUGCGCGUAGAGUUGGUCACUUUUUGUGUCCGUUGAAUGGGUGUCAAUGUUUCAACUCUGGUCUUUGCCAAGUCGUGAUACUUGGGCGGUCACCUAAACUUGAUAUCCUCUCUUUGAUACAUUACAUAGAUUCACCUUUUUUUUUUUUUUUUUUAUCAGUAAAAGCCUUGUCAUCAGGUUUAAUCAAUGUAAUAUAUUAUCACCACUUAAUCUGCUCCCAGUCGCGUGCCAAGUCCAUUCUGUUCUGCUUCAUUUUUUGAGUGGAAGCGAAGUGAUUUAAAGACCUUCUCUGGAAUUUCCCACCUAACUGAUAUAAAACUGUUUACGUGUUCUUAGCACAGAGCUCUGAGUUCUUCCUAAAUAUCUUAUCCCAGACAUUCUUAUUGAUCUGUUUUGCAGUAGAUCUAAUCUUAUUAGACUGAUGGACUCUCCUUUACACGUCACCAAUAAACCCAAGCCUAGGUUGUGAUUCUUUGACAUGUUAUAUCAUGUUCUCAGCUCCUUGUAUCUGUGCCAGAUUACCUGCUUCGUUAAACUUUCAUAAAAGGGGACAUUCGGUUUCCCUCAUGGGCUUUAAAUCAAACCUUUUAUUAAACCAAACCAACACCUCCCCACCCCAGCAAAGAGAUUACCUCUUCAUGUUCAAUUAAAGGUGUGAUGCUGGGAUACUGGAGGAUCCGUUUAUGUUAAAGGAAUUCACUCCAAGAAAUCAAUGAUACCGAACGUCUGUAUUGAUGUUUAUUCUUGCUGCCUUGACAACCAACCCUAAAGUGUUUGCUUUUGUGACUCGGCUCUUUUGAUAACCCUUAUUAAUUGAAGAGUCCAUCUGACAGCUGGUAUUUCCUUGUAGCAAAAAUAGAAUAGCUAAGCUUGUUACGGUUACAAUUCUACGCUUGCCCAACACGUAUAACGAAUGCAGGUACAGAAAACUGACCAAAGUAACUCAAAACAUUCAGCAUCCAUUUUUUUUUUUUUUUUUUUAAUCGUUGCCAACUUUACUGAUUUGUUAUUCAGCUGCCAUCUUUCCAGUUAUCCUUGAAGCAGACGUAGCCAAUCGGUAGCUCCCCAGCUGUUUUUGCACUACAAUCCGUAAAGCUGACCGGCCGCAUUGUGGGAAUUGCAGUUGUUUAGCAGUUUGAGAUCCAAUCUUUGCCUGUAUUUUCUUCAGAGAUUUCUGUAACUUGCUGGCAAACAGACACUUCUAUAACUUUAUUAUCACCUUACGGGGGCAGAUUAUGGGAACGACUGAAACGUUAACAGCUGUACAUAUUAAACAAUGCUCUCUGUUGAUCCCACAGACGUCUCCUUCCAAACGUCACGAGAAUUAGUUUAUGUAAGUGCAGGUGGAUAAUGACCCCAUCCCCCACACCCUGCCAGGUUUUAUCCCUAAAUCACACAUGGUUGCAUAUGUAACCGGGCGGAGAAAAUCUGCCUCACUCGCCAAAACGAAACACAAAAACAUUAAUUAGCUUGUUUACCUGCGCAGUGUGUGAAUUGGUGUAAUUUAAUUAGUGUUUUCUGUUUGCUGGGAAGCCGGGAAGUUAUUGCAGGGGGGUAGUUAUGGUUUGGUUACAAUUAUAACAUUAUUUUCUCUGUAUGAUACAAUACAAAUAAAAAAUAAAUACUUUCUCCUUUUGUGUGCCUAAUGCAGAGGUUUUAACUACAGCUUCCUGAAGACAUGCAAAGCCUCGUGGGAGUUGUAGUUCUACAAGAUCUGGGGAUUUACUUAUUGGGCACCCCUGCUAUGUGUAUUAUUUAAAUUAUUGUUCCCCCUAAAUUUAAUUUUGAAAAAUAAAUUAAAUUCACUUGCUUUAUUUGCAGUGUUGAGACUCACUCUUUGCAGCCACCCAAUACCUUUCCUCCAUAGCUUCUCAUUGAGAAACAGAAUUGCAAUGUUUUACACUGUUUUUAGAACACCUGGAACACAGCACCUUCAUGUGAGAAAGUGGUCGGAGUGGCUAUUGUGGUUCUUUAAUUGCGAACCUUGUAAGUGGAUUCUGUAAGCACCGUUACUGCAAAGGCUGAUUGUACAGUCAAAUGUUGUGGUUAUGGUGCAAGGAGACUCCACAGCCUAUGGUUACUAUUCAGAUCUGAACAUGAAGUGACGACACUUCUCUAUCCGUGUUUGUCAAUAUGCCCCAUUGUUUGUAUGUAAUCUCUACCAAUGCAGAAACUGUAGUUAGAAUUCAAACUGACAAUAAAGGCAAAUACUCUGCAUACAGCGUGUGUAACAAUUUCGUGAUAUUAAAGUUCUUUAUAACGAUUUCACAAGUUUAGAACAGGCUGUUCUCCCUUACGGACCAUGUUCCGUUCCUACGAUUUGGUCGUAAAAAGAAUUGGUCGGUAAGUGAAGAUGCGCUCACCAGCAUGUGCAAGAGAGCAGGUCUACAUUCGGAGGAAUUCCUCCGAACAUAGACCAGCUCAGUAAUGUGGGGAAUCUCCAUGCUAGAGAGCUGGUCGUUAAGUGAGGACGACCCGUAAUGUGCUGCUUUAUUCAUUUCCCGGCAGAUUUAGGGUUGGCAAGCUCACUUUAGUGAUUCUGACACCAAGAGUGGCCUGAUUCCCUCCCAGUGUAAUUUGUCAAACGUUUUUUUGGACUGUUUGGCAACUUGCCUGGGUGCCCACGCCGCAUAUCCUAGCUCAGAGAUUCGCCUGUGGUAGAAAGCAAAGUCUGGGGUGGCACCAGGGCACUCCAGCACCAUAAUUACUACAGCAGCCUGUAGUUGUUAUGGUGGUUGCAGUGUUUCUCCGCUUAGCACAGAAGCAGAUUCGUACAGGCCCUGCUGCCUUCAGAUAGUCUUCCGAUCUAUGGCAGCCUAGCCAAAGAAUCACAUGCUGGGACAAUAAAAUAUGUUUGUUGGCUUGUGGUGAAGGAACAUCUGCAGAUAAGGCUGGCCUGGCGUAGUGAGCAGGCAGAUCGACUUGGACAACAGCAUUUCUCUUCGUCCUUCCUCUGAAUAAUACUUUGGGGCUUUUUACUCCUUAUACAAUCUCCACGCUGUCGUCACGCUAAAGUAAACAUGUUUACAGUCUGUAAAAGAGGGAUUUUUAAUUCCUGUUUUAUAGUGAUUAUUGAAUAUAAUGAAGAAAGUGGAGUCCUGAUGCAGUCUGAAUCCGCAUAUUUUUCUCUCUUUUAUAAUUGUUUUUUUUUUUUAUUAUUCAUUUAUUUUUUUUUAGAAGAAUUUUCUAAGUAUCUUAUGCUGAACCCUGAUAGAAAUGUGCUUUUAAAUGGUGUUAUCCCUUUAUUGUAGGAACAUGUUCUCUAAUCCAUCCAUGCCUGUUUGUUUGAAUUAGCGUGAAAUCGUGUUUAAACUCUGAGUAAAGUUAAUCAUAAUAAACCGAUUCAUGUUGCUGCCCCUGUAAGGCUCCAUUCUGCACAGUUCUCACUACCACUGAUAUGACUCUGUGCCUGCAGAGCUUGCAGUCUAGGUAUUGAUCCUAUAAGAAAUAAACAGCCCAAGCUGUAUUGGGGAUUUUCAGCUAUAUACCAGAUUACAAUUUAACAAACACUUUUUUUUUAUGUAUUUGGUUUUGGAAAUAUUUAAUCUGUUCCUUUUUAUCAGAGCAGGUGAUGAAAUUCAAGGCUGAAUCGUUUAUUCAUUAACUGCUUUUGUAUGGCGUUUUAUUCCGAUAGCGCGCUAUCACCGGAGUGUGAAAAGCUUUCUGUUCUGUAGAUGCUCUAUCAAUACAGACUUACAGUGCUAGCUAUUAUAAUUCUAUGUUUUGUAAAUGUUUACUUUUAACAUUGCUAGUUAACCCUUUCAGAACCAGUCGGCACUGAAAAAUAGUAAAAAAAAAAAAAAAAAGUCUGUCCUUGUUCUGAUGGGGUUAAAUAGCAAGUCCUCCUCUCAAGAGUAAAUGUCAGUAGCUCCUGUCUGUAAGGUUCUCGAUUGCAUCGGAGUCCACAAAUUAGCCUUGGUUUGGUAAAAGGUCAGAUUUACUCAAUACUAAGUCUUUCCAGACAUUGCUGCAGUUAACCUGUUAAGGUAUUGUAUGUCUGUAAAGAAAAAGUCCAGGCCAAACCUUUCUGCCAUUUGAUUUUAUGUCCGAUCAUUUAUUUCAGAGGAUGGGCUUUACGACCUUUUUAAACCGUCUCUAUCCAUCUGUUAACUUUUAAUUGUGCACGUCGUUCUGAUUUAGGCCAUAUGGAAAUUAAUGUAAUAUUUCUUGACGUGACCCUUAUCAUUUAAUAAUUUUGAUUUCUUGUGCACCUCGGCAUUCCACGUCCCUUGUGGUUCUCUGCAUUUUGGUCGCGGCAGUUUUGAGCCUCCUCAAGUUCUUUUUUUGACGUUCUUUAGACAGUGGAGUCUUUGCUGCUGGGAGACUUUGGCAAUGAACUUGUGUGUCCCAAUCGCAAAGACAUCUUACUUAAUCAUUACCCCGACCAUCGCGUCUUGUGUCUUUAGCCGUACGUGAACGGCGUGUACACAGUUUUUCGUCUGAUCUCUUUGACCUUGUUGGUGUGGCUGCUUUCUGAAGAAUUCCUACUAUCGCUGGUACAAAGUCCAAUUGCUGCUUGUAUUUUGCACUUUCUCUCGAAACAAAGGCUUUUAUCUGGAAUUCAUGGUAUCUGGUGGCAUGCGACGAAAACAGGUUUACUUUUACCUUCUAGUUUAAAUCCUGUUACACUGUGUCAAUCAGCAAGACGACCAAUGGGAGCUUAGAAAGGCACCGCGUGUUCUCUUGUUUACAUCCAUUGCGUGUUAUUUGUGUGUAUGUAAAUCAUUAACCCCUUCAUGACCAUGGUAUGAGACAAAACUCUUUAUAAUUACAACAGGUUUUCAUUGGGUGUGGAACUUGAACACGUCCUGCUGCUUAACCGGUUUGUCCCAUUGAGGAGAAAUCGAUGCUACCUUUUUAUUUUUUUUUAUUUAUUUUUUUAACCCCCCCCCCCAUUAAUGGAGGUUUUUUUUAGGUACUCACAUUACAAUGUAAAUGUUAUUCCUUUUUUUUUUUUUUAUUAUUUACUGUGGCCCACGGGGUUAAAGUUCAAGUCUAACCCCUAUAACUACUACACCAUAACUGUUUUUUUUGUUGUUUUUUUUACACUUCAGCCCAUUUAGGGACUAUGGUCCCAGGAGUCCCCUUGUGCCAUUCCAUGCUAAGUAUUCAAACCGUUUUGCUCCCCCAGGCUCCUGCGGUACUGCUUCUCUUAACAGAACUUUCUGAAGUGAUUAUGGUGCUUACAGGAUCCCUUUAAUGGUUCCCACAUAAUGUAAGGAGCAGAGAUGGAUCUUGCCCUUUAAUUGCCCUUUAAUAUCCAUACAUGCAAAUGAGUCUCUCUUGGCACAUUUAGCUGAAGCAGCUGGCUGAUUGUCAUAGAGUUGUAGUUUGGGAAGAGUUGAUUUACCGGCUGCCUAUCCCCAUGUCAUUGUAUUUGACCACAACUACUUUCAUCCUGUGCAACGUAAUGGGCGUUAAACAGUUGGCCAGCCAAUCAAAGGUUUCUUGCCCAGGAUUGGAAUGUAAUGUAGCCGAGACUGGCCGGACAUCUCAUUCUGGCAGAGUUAAAGGAUUAGUCUGUGUAUAAUCUAUUAAUUGUCACAUAACAACCCCCAUGGACUGCUUCAGGCUGACCACACUGUCUCUAUCUCAGAGCUAACUUGAGCCUCUUUUUGAAAUAAUUUUUUUGGCCCCAAGGCGUUUCUUAGGAAUUUGUCCGAUUACAUAACUAUGAGCCUCAAGACAGACAGCCGGCCAGCUGCUGCGUGCUCUAAAUAUCAGCUAUGGCCUGAAAUAUAUUCUGGGCAGACUGCGGAGCUUGGUUGGUAUCUGCAGGACAGAUGGAUGUCACAAGCAAGAAUCUGUUAAGAAAUUUUCCCUUUGGAAAAUGCUAUUAUUCCCUUAACUCCCGAGUCGCCUGCUUACAUUUUUAAAUGGGCGUUUGUAGGUUUACUUUAUAACACUGUAGCAUAUUAUAUACAUUUAUCUAUAUACGGUUUUAUUCCACGGGCAGUUAAAAACAUGUGGCGUUGGUUACGAAAGGUAUAAUUUAAACUGAUUUUGAAAUUUAAAGACAAACCUGAAUUGAAAGCAUAGUUGGCUUGGCGAAUUUAUUUUCAGUUUGCUAUUUUGAUCUUUAAUUCCAUAUUAAAGGGAUUCUCCAGGCAGAGUAGUUUACUCACCUGGUUCCAGCGCCGGGAGCCUUGUGAAGCCGCGCCCCUUAUUUUGUCAAAAUGACGAAAGAGGCGGGCGCGAGCAGGGAGCAAUCAGACGCUUCUGAAGUCCUGAGCGCACUACCGCGCAAGCGCGUGGUGUGCGCGGCCGUGAUCUGAGAUGACAGCUCAGCUCGAAGUCUUUGCCCGCCCCCUCUCCUCUGCUGAAGGGCAGGAGAGAGAAGGCGCGCACACAGUGCCUUCUCUCUCCUGCACACGUCAGACGUAUCUUAAUACGUCUGACGUGUACAAGGCCUUUUUAGGGCCCUACAUGAUAGGAAGUCCCUCUGGGGACCGUCUGAGUGACGGCCACUGGAGGUAUUCCUAUCAAUCAAUGUAAACACUGUAUUUUCUUUGAAAAUACAGUGUUUACAUUAGAUUGCCUGCAGGGAGCUAUAGAUCUCACCUGAACAAAUACAUUAAGCUGUAGUUGUUCAGGUGACUAUAGUGUCCCUUUAACUUUGAAUUACGCCCUAUGCUGUUGCUACAUUGAGCAUUUGAGAGUAUUGACCAUGGAACUGCACAUUUUUUCAAUUCAGGUUUAUCCUUAAAUUUGCAACUCUGUAAAUUUGUCAAAUUCCACACUAUGUCCAGUUUAGUGAAUAAACGUCUCUAUUCUGCUAGGAGAACAGGUUCCAUCAGCUGAUUCAUGGGGUUGCCUACCUGGGUGUAGACAUCAUGCUUGAUAGUUGAAAUAUGGACUUUAUUGCGUUCAGCCUAAUCCAGUCUCCCAAGUUGAACACGUGGCCCAGUGUACACUGCAUUCCUUCAGAGCGUGUUAAACCUUCUUUUCAUGUUACGGCAGUGUACCUGGACACCUCGAAGGCAACCAUUAUUUCUGGCCUCUAUAACAGGAAUUCCAGUAAGCUCCAUAAAGCUCUACCUGGUAUAUUAAAUGGUUUUUAAUGUUUGAAAGAAAACGUACAUAUUUUUUAUUUUUUUAUUUUAUUAUUAGAUUAAUAUUAUAUUAAUCACUGGCCCUCCUUUAUAAAAAGACUAGUGAUAGCCUAGCAGUAAAUCCUUAGCUUUUGUGGGACCACAACAUCCAUGAUACUUAGCCAGCCGUGAACCCAUCCUUGGGACAGUAAAAUAAUUUUUCUUCCUCUAUAACUGGACCAACAGAGAUCACUGCAGAAGUGGUCAAUCUCCUCCUAUGGGAUUGUUUGCUUCCAAUAUGAUAUCAUUAUUCAGCCUCUCGUCAUACUUUGACAAAACCUACUGAAUCGUCUGUGUCUCUCUUUCCAAAUACUCUUAGAACUAAGUGGCCACUAAUCAUUAUUUGAUACAUACAGUAGGCUAAAUAAAUCCUUGAGAUCCAUCUGUUUCACAGACUUGUAAAGGAGAAAACGGAAAAUGACAUUUCAUUCUCAAUCCAUUUUUUUUUUUUUUUUCCUUCCUUGAAUCUAUAUUACAGCAGUUUAAUAGAAACCAGAGGAUUCCCCACACCCAAAGCCUGGCUCCUCCGUUUGGGAUGAGAUAAUACAAUGAUAUCAUAUUUGUAUAGGUUAGCAGUGAGAUGACAAAGGCUUCCUAGUGAAACCUUCUAAUUAUCGCAUCCCAGUUUGAACGGACAUUGAAUUCCAGAAAAUCCUACUUUUAUAUCGAAGUGGACUGACUGCACCCAUGGCCUCUGAACACCAUAAUCAAUACAACAAGUUGUACAAUUAACUCUAGAGGAUUGGGUAAGAAAUGUAAUUUGUCCAGUUACGGCCUCCAUCUGCACGGAAUUCAUCAUAGCUCUGUUAGCUAGGGGACUAGUGGUAUAAAAUUGUUAACAAGGCUUUUUCAGGGUUUCAUUUCUAGGUUAUUUCUAGAAUUCUUCUAUGCAUCUGUCAACUGCUUGAGGUUGCCUUGAGAAACCUUUCCAUUUGGCCACGCGUGAUGACUUUGGUUGUCUGCCAGGACAGUCUGACAUCGGACUAGUAAAAGCUACUGGUAGAAGGUUGCAAUGCAAUGCUCCAGCCCGAGGUUUCAGAUUUUCUCCAUUUAAAAGAUACAGGAUAAAAGAUAUGUGAGAUCAUUACGGCUCGUGGGUCCUAAUUUGUUGCUUAACAGCCGUGGUGGCUAAAAUGUAACCUCACAUUGAAAAGCCUAUGGAGAGUUGAAGUUCUCAUACAGCUGGGGUGAUUAUGUACCAAAUCCCUUUAUUUUCUAUACUUCACAAAUAGAAUGCUGAUCGGUCGAUUUCUUCAAGAUAUUAACACUGUAAUUAAAGUAUAAACCUAUACAACAAGCAUGGUUACAUCGUGACAUUUAAUUCUAAACUUUAUUUAGGUAUAUUUUAAAGAAUGUUAUGGUUUACAGUAUUUGGCUUUAGAACCCUGUGCUUCAGAUUGACAUGUAUUUGGUUUAAGGAACAUAUUGUGCUGAGAACAGGCGUAGUUUGGUAGAUAUUGACCGGGGCCAGAGAGAGGACCCUACACGUUCAACUGGCAUGUGAUGACAAAAAUAUAUUCACACUAUAUAUAGAUCUACUGUGCAGAAGUUACUGUAACCAGCUGUUUGUUAAUCUAGCCUUGUUCCUGAUCUGGUUUUAGAAAAUGGGUGUGCGCCCGGCCGGGUUCCUCUGUUCAUGUAAAACUCCUGAAUCACCUUGAGAUACUAUGAUCAAACUACACGCAUGACUCACAUAUUCACUCUCUAAUUUCACUGUUUUCCAUUGGCUUCUUACAAUAGGUAGCGGAUAUACAAGCUAUUACUUAAGAUAAAGGAUCUUUUUGUGUCCAGAAAGAUUCUGUUAUUCAGAAAAAAGGAAAGCAAUAACCAUUCAUUUUCUGGUUGUGUCUCAAAACAGGGAAACCUUUUGCUUGAAUAAAGUGAAAUCCUAUCCUCACGGAUUAACAAAUCAUGAAAAGCUCCAAGUGAGUUGGAAUAGGUGGAUCAUAGGCGUCCGCAGCCUAUUGUAUAAGGGUGUGCACCCAAAAGCAGAAACACACACGCCGCGUGUAUGUAUGUAUAUGUGUGUGUGUGUGUGUGUGUGUAUAUAUAUAUAUAUAUAUACACACUGCUGUGUGUGAGGGUGCUGUUAGUGUGUGCUUUGUGUGUGUGAGGGUGAUGUAUGUGUGUGUGUGCUGUAUGUUUGUGUGUAAUGUGUGGGGGCCGUUUAGUUAAUAUCCUCCCUCCCUUCUUACCUUAUGUAGGGAGGGGGGACCGUGCUCCUGCCUUCCCUGGUGGUCCAGUGGAGAGUGAACUCUAGCCUCCUGUGGGGCUAGAGUUCACUCUCACGAGAUCUGGGCAUUGCCGCGGUAACCACGGUAAUGCUCCGACCAUGCGAGAGGAACCCGGCGGAGCUGCUGACAAGAGCUCCCCAGGUCCUCUCCUGCCUCCCUCCCCACGGAGGGAUGCACAUAACACGUGCCGCAGGGAUAAGGGUGUGCCUAGGCACACCCCGUGCGCACGCCUAUGAGGUGGAUGCAAUUUUGGGUAUUCAGGGAUUGCUUUUCUUUGUACAGAUGUAAGUAAUGAGCUAUGAAAAAUUUUAAAAAUAAAUAAAUCUCAAAUAAAAACCUAUUUCUGGUAUGUUGCUCUAUUAAAUGUCUAGCUUCAACUGUCCACACAGUCUAAUGGAUAAAAUAUCACCCUCACUGGUUAAACAAGACAAUCUCCCAACUGCUACCUGUCCAUACCUCCCACACUGGUUAAACAGGACCAUCUCCUAACUUCUACCUGUCCAUAUCUCCCACACUGGUUAAACAGUACCAUCUCCUAACUUCUUCCUGUCCAUAUCUCCCACACUGGUUAAACCAUACCAUCUCUGAACUUCUACCUGUCCAUAUCUCCCACACUGGUUAAACCAUACCAUCUCUGAACUUCUACCUGUCCAUAUCUCCCACACUGGUUAAACCAUACCAUCUCUGAACUUCUACCUGUCCAUAUCUCCCACACUGGUUAAACAAGACCAUCUCUGAACUUCUACCUGUCCAUAUCUCCCACACUGGUUAAACAAGACCAUCUCCUAACUUCAACCUGUCCACAUCUCCCACACUUGUUAAACAGAACAAUCCCUUUACAUCUAUCUGUCCACAUCGCCCCCCCGCUCCCCCCUAGACCGUUUAGGGGACUGUUGUAAUGUAUGAUAUAUGUUCAUGCAUUAUCAGAAGCAACCAUGAAUCUCAAUGGCAAAAGGAGCUGUGUGAGCACUCAAAUUUCUUUGUUUUGUUUGGGUGGCUGUCUACAAUUAUUUCUGUAAACUGUGCAAGGACUUCUAGUAUAAAAGCAGAUUCUAUUUGAACUGAUGUUUACAGGAUCAUCACUUUUCAAUCUCGUUUUUGGGCCUGGCAUUAAUCAAAAUUUUUACCUAAUGAAAGUGGUCAGUAAUCCACCAUUUGUUUUCGACACUUUUCCCUACAUAUACUUUACUUGUGAUGUUUUAUUUAAACUGCAUUUAUUAGAGCGAAACAGUGUAAUCAUUUUUGGAGUGUUAGAUGGCUCCUCCUCUAGCUUUUGAGGAUACAGUUAACUGGAACAAUGUCAUCAUUUCUCAGAACCGUUAAGCUGUUUUUCAUUAACUUGCGUGAAUUAGAACAUUAUUCACAGAAUUGUUGGAGGGGUGUGCGAUUAGCGGGGAUUCUUGGCCAGUAUAGUUGAAUAAUUGCCUUUCUCCUAGUUCUGCCUUCUCAUUCUUCCUGAGAGAAUGUUACCAGCCCAUGCUGCUCAAAGGAGUAAGGCACUAAAUGGUACUAGGUAGAGUCUGGCACACUUUCCUUGGCCCAUUUUUCUUCUGGUCUUAUCUGCACUGAUUAGAUUUCAGAAUGAAUGAGUGUAUUUACAUGUGUUUUAAUCUGAGUUUCUGCCAUUAAAAUCUCUUUCCACAAUAUAAAGCGUUAUCAUUUUCUUUUUUCGUUCGCUCUCAACAUGUUGGGCUCUAGACUUUUUCCAUGAUAGAAAUUAGGGAAACGUCAGUAGGUGCUUGCAAACUCCUACAAUGAGGUAUGUCCUCAUACAGUGCUGCUGAUGAGGUCAUUGGUGAUAUAUUCCACCCUGGUUCCAAAAUCUCCAUAUAUUUACAUGUUUGUUCUACCCGAUUUAAGAACAUAUUAACCCUUAAUUGGAUGGUUCAUGCUAUAGACUUUGUUUUUUCCUGUGUGUUUAAACCUAAAUUGUCUUCACCGAUGCUGACUGUUUACUUUGUGUUUCAUAGGUCGUGUCAAAUGCUGCUGGACAAGGGGUUGCUAUUACAGGAAACCAUACAUUCAACAACUGGAACUGGCCAAAUGCUGUCAUCUUCUCUGCUACAGUCAUCACUACAAUCGGUGAGGGAUCUCUUCACUUAGUGUCUCUCAAAUUCGACCAUGAAUGGUCCCAAGAUCUUGGUAGUUUGUCCUUGUAGUAAUACAAAGUGUUUGGCAGACAGCGUGUGUUUUGAAGACUCUGUAUGCAAGAGAGUUUUCUUUGUUUUUUUUAUUACAGACAGAUCCAUGUGAAGAUCCUUGUGUUGAAUUCCUUUCUAUAAUUGUCCACAGACCUACUAAAAUGCUUAGAAGCUAAUUGCUAUAAACGUAUUCUACUUGACUUUGCAAUACUAACCCUAAAUAAACAUUGGAGUAAAUUCUAACAUGUCAUCAUUAAAGCGUUACUCCAACCUUUUUUUGUUGUGAUAAGCAUUAUGUCCCAUUGGCAUUAUUCAAUAAGUCUCCCCACAAAAAUGCUCAAAAGUGUUUUUUUUUUUUGGUUAGGUUUUUUUUUUUUUUUAUUAUGUUUACUAACCUUUAUUCCGGGCAAAGCUCCCGGCGUUACUCCUCUGAGGUCCAAUCAAAGCUUUCUUGUAGAGAAGUCUUUGAUUGGCCGUUUUACUAGCUCAAAACGCAUAUACAUGUUCUGAGCCAGUGAUGGGAGGGAGGGAAUAGAGGAUGAGGGAGGGCAGAGAAUUAAAAAUGUAAUGGAGGGGGACCGGGAGGAUGGAGGGAAUUGGACACGGCAUGUUGUGCACGUGGAUGACAUAUGCACAUAUUUGACAUUCGACAGCCUAGAAGUUCUGGGCUGUCUAAGUUAUGUGUGCUGUGGGUGCAACUUGCCUCGAGCACACCGUUACCAAUGUCUCUGGAUGUGCAGCGUUUUAAGUGGAAACACUGCACUUCUAGACUCCUAUCACCAUGACCACUCCAAAAAGCAGAAGCGGUCACCCUGGUUGGAGUAACCUUAUGAUUUUUCCCGAAUUCCGACCCUAAAUGAUUUAUCUUGGUGUUAUUAAUGUCUUAACCCUAAAACAAUACUUAUUCCUUUGGUAUAACAGUACUGAUACGAACGCACAGAUGCAGCACUUGCUCUGUUUAUACGAUCUAAGAAUAGAUGGAUGCCAAAUAUAAUGUAUGUUUUUCAGUGCCCAGAGUCACAUAAUAAUAUCUCUAAUAUUGCUGCAUAUAAAUUGGAGAGCCAAUUGUCAGACAGUUGGCGCACAGAUAGAUGAAAUGGGGUGGUUUGUUUCACAGGUUUUACACUCACACAGGGAAGCCUUAUUUAAUACAUUUUGAUUUAUUGACUUUUCUUUUCCUGUUUAGGUUAUGGUAAUAUAGCUCCCAAGACACCAGCUGGGCGCCUGUUCUGUAUAUUCUAUGGCCUCUUCGGGGUCCCUCUCUGCUUGACAUGGAUCAGUGCACUUGGCAAGUUCUUUGGUGGCCGAGCAAAGCGUCUGGGCGUGUUUCUGACAAAACGAGGCGUCUCCUUGGUAGGUAUUGAAAAGAAAAACCUGUGCAGCCAAUCGAUUUUUAACUUAAAUAGAAAUAACUGGAAAUGUCUCAAUGCACAGAGAAACCCUACAUUAGACGGGCAGAUCUGUUACACAUCCCCUGUUUUCUUACAUAUAGAAAUAGCUCAGUUAUUUUUUAGAUAAAUCUAUAUAAUACAUCUCAAACAUUUUUUCUUUUUUUAUGUUGCAAUUUUUUUUUUUCUAAUGGAAAGCUUUUUAGGGUAACAUCUCUGUUUUAAGUUUUUCUGUGCAAGAUGCAGUAAUACAGAAUACAAUAUGUAAUGGAAAGUUUUAAAUAUGCACUGUACACCCCCCCUCCGCACACUUGUUAUCUGCUUGGGCACGAAUCCAAAGGAGGACUCUCAGCAGAAGGCUUGCUAUUAUCAGACCUUGUAAGAAGCCGCCUUUGAAAUAUUUUGGCAUGUAUAGAAACGUAGAACGUAUCAAUAAUCUUCCAGUUUCUUUAUUGAUGUGCAUGUUUAUACAUUACAUACAAAGCAGUAAAAUGACUCUCAAACUGCCGUAUCUGAAAUCUGUUAAACCCGAUGAUGUUAGUGAAUUUGUCUUCUUCCAAGUUUCAUACCCCGUAUAUCUUUUACGUAAAUAUUUACAUGCCACUCAAUGUACUGCUGGGGGCAAACACCUUCCCAUAGUUCGUCCAAAACACACGAUCCACGGUAGCUUAAAAUUCUAAAACUUCCAAGAAACUCUAUCCCCUGUGAAGAUUUGAGCAAGUCUGGGAAAUGUACGGAAAGCACAGGUGGCAGAUCAGAUUAUAUAUAUAUACAUAUAUAUGUUUUUCCCCUCCAGCAGAUGUUCCACAUAUGAGGUUUUUCGUCUCCCUAUCAUGCGAUAUGACCACAUGCCGUCCAGCUGUUUAUAAAUAGUGUCUUAUUAAUAAGGUGGUUUAUGUAUUCAAUAACCAUCACAUACACGGACAUUCGUACAUGUUUCCAUCAGCUGUGGUCCCUUAGAUCUGCAGUCAUCCUUAGUUACUUAAAAUAUUUCCUUUUUAAAGGCUCUAUGACCUUGAUACAUUGGGUAAAUUAAGUCCAUGUCGGUAGACUCUCUGUUGGAUUUUUUAACUUGGUUUCUUUUUACCGAUUUUACAAACUCAUUCUCUCACCCUCCUAUGGAAAAGUCCUCCUUUUUUGGCCGCUCUGGCUGAUUGCCUGGAGAGUAUUGGUUUCCAUGGUAAUUGCUCCAUUUCUAAACCAUCCUCACUUUUAUGUAAACGUCGCUGUUUACUGAGAAAUGGCAAUGUUUUAAUUUAGCCAAAUACUCCCUUUUUUUUUUGUCAGACCGCCUCCUCCUUCAGGUCCUUCAAAUAUUGAAGGACUUUGCAUUCUGCGUCAGCACACACAGCAAAUUUGAGUUUCUCUUUUUAUCAGAGUGCUCCUUUAACUUACCGUGUAACAUACAAAUGACUUUUUCUGUGUUACUGUACAGAGGAGUCAUUUUUCCUAUCCUUUUUUCUUAGAGAACAGCUCAGAUUACCUGCACAGCAAUUUUCAUUAUUUGGGGCGUCCUGGUCCAUUUAAUGAUCCCUCCGUUCAUCUUCAUGAAAACUGAAGGUUGGACCUACAUCGAAGGUCUUUACUAUUCCUUCAUCACCAUCACUACGAUUGGCUUUGGGGAUUACGUGGCAGGUUAGUAGUUUGGCAUUUCAUUUAUAUAGAGUUUGACUCAUUUCACUGCUAGUACACAGUGGGCAUCGCUAUGUUUUAUUGGCUGCAUGCCAAUCAGGGUGGGUUUACUGAACGAAGUGUGUGUGUGUGUGUGUGUGUGUGUGUUUUAGUGAGAAUAUGUAGUAUAGUGCUAAAAAUCAUGAAGGAACAGAAAAAGUAAUUUAUAUCUCAAAGCAUGUCAGUAAUUUCUUUUAACUGUUAUAUUUAUUUAUAAAUUUAUACAUCAAAUACCGAUACUCUAGCUUUCAGCAGUACUGAUACUUCAUUUUUUCUUAAAACAGAAAUCUGCUUAUUUUCCAUAGAUUUUCCUUCUGUCAUCUCCCCACACUCCCACCUUUUCUCUCUCCACUUAAAUCAUUAUUUUUGCCAAGAUUUCUAAAUGAUUAUCUGUUUUUAACGUAUUAAAUAUUAGGAACUGUAGCCAAACCUUUUCCAAUGUUGUUAAAUGUAAUUCUUCAACAAGUAAAUGAUGUACAUGUGCACUAACCCCACUUACGUCUGUUUUUUUUUUUUUCUUCAUUCAGUCCACAAAAUCUAUCUUUAGUCUUCAUAUUGUUUCUAAUCUUUGAUUCACUUGCUCACACAACAAUUUCUACCCUAAAUAUUCUUCAGCUGGUCUGUUUUGUAUCUGUAUUCUGGAUCCACUGCUAUUUCUAACACCUUAUUUUUUGGGCUCAUUCGUUUGACAGGUGUGAAUCCAGAUAUCAACUACAAUGUCCUGUAUCGAUAUUUUGUGGAGCUCUGGAUCUACUUGGGCCUGGCCUGGCUUUCACUCUUUAUAAACUGGAAAGUCAGCAUGUUUGUUGAGGUACACAAAGCUAUUAAAAAGAGGAGGAAAAGGCGGAAAGAGUCAUUUGAAAUAGAUCCGCGCACCAAGAAGGACAAGCCUAUUCCGAUUGCAAAUUCCAAAGACGUCAAUAUUAUGAGUUUUCUGUCUAAAAAAGAAGAAACCUACAAUGAUUUGAUAAAGCAAAUAGGAAAAAAUGGUUUGAAAACCGAAGACGGGCAAAUGAUAAUGAAUGGUAAUACAGCUGGCAAUAGUAAAAUGCAGACACGAGGCAAAGACAUUAUGGUUUCAUAUAGCAAGCAUGGCGGUUCUGGCUAUGAUGGAGUGACUUUUUCGAACGGUCUUCAAAAAGACUUUGGUAUGAAAUCCUUCCAAGACAAAGACUCAAGUAUUUUUAUAAACCAGUUAGACCGGAUUAGUGAGGAAGAGGGAGAACUGUGGGAUUCUAAAGAUUACAAGCCUUUGAUAUUCCAGAAUGCUAAUAUCUCUUUUGUCAACGAGGAGGAAGAAUGUGACCUUUCUGAGGAUGAGGAGAAAUCAAAGACCUCGUGUGAGGAAAAUACUGGGCACCCAGAGACACCAACCAGGUUGGACGAGUUCACCUGUUUGGAUGAGUCUUCUUUUUCCAGCAAUGAAAUGGAAGUUUGUGUGCCCUAUGAACAGCUACUGAAUGACUUCAAUAAACUCGAACACAACAAAGGAGAGACAUGAGGUCUCUGUGGUGGGUGAUUUAGAACCAUCGAAGAACAGUUAAGGGUACAUAUCUAAUAGUUGGACUUUAUCUUUUUUUUUUUUUUUUCACCAUGACUGACCUGAAACCUUUCAGAACUAGGUGCUCUGAAACUGUUCAAAUGUAUCUGUUGCCCAUCUAGUCUAAGCCAUGUUCGAAGCUAGCCUAAACUUCUCUUCUCAUGUGCACUAUUUUCUUGGUAUGGCCCAGCGGAGACAGCCUUACCUAGUACCUAAUCUUGAUCUGGCAAUGUAGAGACUUGCAGGAUGAGCAAAUAGGAGUUCACUUUCCCUCAUGACAGGAAGGUGUGAAAUCCAUGCUAAAAAAAAAUCAUAAAUGUAAAUUGCCCUCUGUCUAGAUAGACAUUUAAUGUUCAUCCUUUACUGGUUCUGGUAAAGCCUAUUCUAAGAAUGUGGUGUUUGUCACAAAAGGAACAUAUUUUAUUUAAUCCAAACGAAAUUAUAAAUUGUUACACCGAAAGCCUUUUUUUUUUUUUUUUAAUGCCGUUCAUGGACACCCCGUGAGUAACAGUAAUAUAUUCUGGUUAUACACUGGUCAUUUUUGAGGGCGGAAGGUGCCACCUCCGGAGACACAUUCCAGGAAUUCUGUGAUUCCUUCUCCAUUUUAUCUCCCUUUUUAUCUUUUACAAUUUUUCUUUUCUUCUCAUGAAAAUACUUGAAAUUAACAAACUAUUGCCUUUUUUAUAUGUACAAAUUGUAUUUUGUCUACCAGAUAUGUUGAUGUCUGUAUAUUCUAUUUAUAUGCUAAAAUGUCUUUGUAGAGAGACAGGAGCUGUGAUCUCUCUCUAUGCACAGACGGUACUGUACAUGAAACUUGAACCUUCUGUUGUAGAUCAAUUUAUAAAGGAAAGAAGAUAUUCACUGGAAGGAAUGGGGAAAGUUAUGGGUUUAUUUUUUUGGGUCAUAGAUUGCAACAAAUUGCACACAUGCCCAUAAUGAUCAAAGAGUUUUCUAGUUCUGUUAUUGUGUCUUCCUUUAUUGGUCAUUUAUUGCCUUCAAAGUGCUGCAAUCCUGGCAGCUAACCUCUAGUUAGUCUUUGAUAAAUUAAGGGUUUAUAGAAAAUCAUCUACAAAAGCUAGACUAGAUAUUAAAGUGUUUGUCACUUAAUUUCACCAGCCCCCUAAGCCCUGGCCAAUCUAUUCCUCCCCCAAUGACAAAUAGUGACCUCUGGACUUGUGCUACUUACUUUAUUUGAGGUUGUACUGGCCUUGUUUGGUCUAAAUUCACAUCGCACUACCAUCUUUGUAAUUCCAAGAUGGCGGGUGCCAGAAAUUUCGGUUUCUGUCCUUCCAGUGGAGGACAUUCAGCGGCCUGCUUAGAGCAUUACAGCAGUGAUCCUACGAUGCUGCCUUUUAGGUCAUUGGAAGGAGGUGAGUAUUACGUUGACGGUCAAUGACACAGUUUACAAAGGAAGUGUAACUAGACUAAAGCUCCAACCAUUGUCAACUUUUGUCAACCUGCACAUUAUACAUAAGGAAAAGAAGUCCCUACGUUUUUUUAUUUGUAACAUUUGGAAAAAUUAUUUAAAUAAAAAAAUAAAAUGGGCCUGCACACUAGUGCAACAACAUACAUUAAUUGGGGGGAAUAAAAAGUGACCGAGCAGCUUUAAACUGUAUCCAGGUUAUUACUGUGAACUUAACACUCCAGAGCUUUCAGUGAGGGAAGUUCAAAGUUGAUUGUAAUCCUUUGGCUUCUGGUAAAGAUCCGAGCCAAACGGUAAUCAGGGAUUCCAAUAGACCUUGUGUGAUAAAUUGCCUAAACAUACGAUGCAAGUAGUCAUUUGUGAGAAUUACAUUAUUUCAACUUUAAGCAUUUGCUGUGAAACUAUGAAAGGACUGAUUUUGGUUUCGUUGAAUAUUUGCAGUUUGGUCUUUUAGCAUGUGCUGAGUUAUGGUCGUCCUCCAACUGACUGUUUUCCCAGUAAUGCAAAUUGGCAGCUGUAACUCAUCGAGGGUUCCGUCUGAUUCCUGCUGCUGCUUCGUCAUGGACAGCUGGGUGUGAAACGUUUCAUUUGCAGAAUCAUUGGCUGACUUGUUGUAUACACCGUUUUAUGCUGCAUACUUAAGGUCGCAUUUUCCAAAUUGUAAAUUGAGGAAAAUUGAAAUGGGAAUUGCAAACUUCGUGUUAAAAUAACCAAGCUCUAAAAAUGUCUUUUUGAGAAUUUAUUUUCAAUUAAGAUAUUUUGCCCUAUAGUUUGCAAUUCCAGAUCUAAUGAAUGUCAUUUUGUAGAAACUAAGUCCUUUUCUUCUUUUUCUGUCAGUCCUUUUCGAUGUUGGCGCUACCAUAUGUUCUGUGUGUCUCUUACCUUUUUUUAAUCAUUAACAGGACAUUGAUGGCAUGCGAUUAAUAGAUUAUGAUAAUGUCCUUUCCCACUGCUUGUUAAAACAUUCCAGUGUUUGUUUUUUUAGAAGUUUUAUACUUUUUUGAUAUCACAUUUUUUUUUUAAUGUGGGCAAAUAACCAACAUAUAUAUCAGGUUAUUUUUGCAAGUAAAUCGGUGUAUAGUCUUCCAGAAAUAUUUUUUUAACAUAUGGCCUACACUCUGCUUCCAACAUUUUCUGCAGUGUGUGUGUGUGUUAUUUUAUUUUUAAUAUUUUUUUAUGAUUCAGGAUUUUCUUGUACUUUGACAUUUUCACUGGGCAGCAUUUUUAGUUAAAUGUGAAUUUUUUUGAUAUACUAGUAAGACGUUCUGAUGUCCUGGUUUAUAAAAAGUUUUUUUGUUUUUUUUUCAUGAGGAGUAAAGAGCUGGUUCUAUCUCUAAAAAUUAGACAAGCAGCUGGUUGAUAUUUGUAAUAAACCUCGAUGGCAAUGUUUUUUGACAUGUAUAAAAACAAUAAGAAAUUCAUGCGUUUAGUUAUCUUGGAGGUUGUCAGAAAGGGUUUUGUUUCAGGUGAAUGUCACUGACAUUUGAAACCACUGUGCAAAAAUUCAGAAUUACACGCAUGCUCCUCAUUUUUAAAACACUAGAGGACCCAGUAGACCAAAACUGUCCUCCCAACCUGCCUCGUCUGAUUCACAACUGACGGUUGAGAUCCAAUUCUAACUAGUGUCGGAAUAGCUGCUAUCCAAGUCCCGAAAUGAACCAAAAUCAUGCUGGCUAGGAUUUUUUUCAACACCUUUCUGUAUGUAAAUUUUGACCAUAUGAUAUGAGAUCUGUUGAUGGGAAGGUUGGUAUUCAUAAUCAUAUGCUUUCCGCACCAAUAUUUUUUGUUUGUAGAUAUAAAUGCUGCUUAUAGCUAGUGUACAAUGUUAUUUAUGUUUGUAUGAAGAUACUGUAGUCAUUUCGACGGCUAUAGAGACAUCUCGGCUAGGUCACUCUACCACUAGUCUUGAUAUUUUUUUAAUUGAACAAGAAAUUGAUGCUAUCAACGUGUGUAUUUUGUUCGUCUUGCCUUUGGUCAUCUCAUCCUAAAAACUAUAGUUAGAGAUAUCUAAGGGGGAAAGGAAGACCCACCAUAGACCAGUUCGACACUAGUGAAGGUUUUCCGUUCUUUCGAUGGGCGAAACAGUCAGUGUUUUGCUCAUUUACUGAACCACCUUUAUUUUAGAUAUUUGUAUAAAUGCAUGUGAUAAUGGUGAUUAGCUUCCAAAGUAGAUCUGAGUGAUUACAUCAUGCCUUACAUUUAAUCCUCUGUUUUAUUCUGCGACUUGCAAUCGGUAAGCACUCCUUAUUGUUAAGAAAAAUGUUAUAUUGAAAUAGUUGUAGACCACAUCUUUUAGUGAUAACUUAUUUUUCAAGAAUUCUACAUAUAGUAUUGAUUUAUGUAUGGUUACGAGGUAGUUGACAAUUCUUGGGGUGUUCUUCAAAAUAGAUUUUGAAACCAGUAUCUUGGAAUCAGCAGACGUUGUAUUAUAUCAGGCCUUUAAUCGUUCAUUAUAGUAUUUAUUAAACCACUCUUUUAUACCCUAAUACUUGCCAUUAAUGGUGAGCUCGUACACGCACUCCAGAAAACGUGUUUCAUUUUGUUACAAUGUGUUGGUUCCACAGUAUUGUUAUUUGAGGAGCACAUUUUUAGAAUAUCUGGUUUAGUAUUUUUUUUUUUUUUUUCAUAUUUGAGAUCACUCUCCUAGAAUCCAGAACAAAUUUUCUUUAUUUUGACACAGGAUCUGUCUGUUAGUCAGAUGUAUAAAAAUGACCAGAACUGAAUUGUCUGCUAGUAAAUGACUGCCAAACCCCUAUAUUCCUAAAAACCAUAACUACCCUCGUCUGUUGUUUCCAUGGGGCUCACAUUUACCUUUGUCAGUGAAUUUAAAUGUAACCUUUUAGACAGCUUAUUUGCUGCAUCUCCCACAAUUUAACCACUGCGUGCCUUUGUCCUCCUCAAAGGGCUAGAUAACUAUUUGGGGGGAUCAUGAACCUCUAUUGUAUUGGUACAGUACAUGUCUGUUUAAGGUCUGUCCAGCCAUUGUUAAACUUUUUGCUUUUAGUGGGUAAAAUCAUGCCGUUUUUGGAUGAUGUCAGUGUUUGUCAUAAUACCAGGUCCAUCGGGAAACAAUGUAUCAAGUAAACCUGGAAAAUCUGCAAAACCUAAAGGACAACCAUCAGCAAUUUUUCACUCUUCAUUUCUUACUUUUAAAGAAACUCAUGAAAGUGAAACCUUCUUGAAAUAAUUGAUACAUAGCAUUUAAAUAUAUCAUUAAGUGUCAUUAAAUAUACUUUUUUUUUUUUUGUAAAAAAACAAGAUGAUAAAAUUUUACGGCAGUUGUCCUUUCAAUGGUUGAUUUACAAUAUUUCAGGCAACACGUAUACAGCAAUAAGUCGAAUGCCUAUCUCAUAACAGAAUGCAAAACUGGGAUAAAAGAACGGACCCACAACUUCUCUGCAGACAGUAUUUAGUUAGUAUGCGCUCAGAUUGUGUCUUUGGAUUAUUACUCUGUUCCAGAUCAUAAAGUAUUGUCUAAUAGACGUAAUAUGUUCUACAAUGCAAGAACUCACAAUGUUGUUUUCAAACUCCAACCUCUAUAUUGUUUCCUUAAACAUUUCAGUGUUUUUUUCCUUGUAUGUUUUUUAAAUCCCCAAACUAUUUUAUUACAAUACGGUACACUUUUUACAGUGUGAUAACCUGAUCUAAGAGCUGGGCAGAAUAUAUAUAAUGUUCCUUUUUAUUCACUCCCAGAUGUCUUCUGUGCCACUGCCCCCUAUUCUUAUGUAAUAAAUUCCAUAAAAUGGGACUUUAGUGGAGAUGUAAGCUCUCUCAUUACAAGAUGUAUAUUUUUAUUGUUGUACUUUGUUUUUAAUGUGCCACUGGAAUCACUGUAUGUAAAUAUCUGAUACUCCUGUAAAAUAGUGUAAUUUAUUUUUAAUAUUUUGCAAUAAAAACUUCAGUUCUGAAA